UGCCAUUCACACAACAAUCGUUAAAAUGUUUACCGUGUUUUUGGCUUUGUUUGUUUUUUCACAAUCGGCUUCCUUUAUUGAAGCUGUCCAUAUACCACCCUAUCUGAAGCCAUGUCAUAAAUCGUAUAAUUUUAGCGCUUGUGCCAUGGAAAAUGCCAACUACGCCAUUCCAUUUUUACUUAAAGGCGAUAGAAAACUAGGCUUGCCUCCAUUUUCUCCAAUGGAAAUACCGCUAAUCGAAAUUAAAGGAAGCGGUGAUUUUAAAGUAUCUUUAAUAAAUAUUAAAGUAUAUGGACUGGAAAACGUCAAGCCUUUGGUUAUAGAUGUCGACUUUGAAAAACGUAAAGCACACGUUCUAAGCACGAUACCAACGUUAAUCAUCAUAGGAGAAUACAAAAUUGAAGGCCACAUUCUUAUUUUUAGUCUUAACGGAGCAGGACCUGCAAACCUAACUUUAACUGAUGGUCUCUACACGUACGAUUUCGAAUGGAUUUUAGUAAAAAGACACGGUGUAGAUCACGCCAAAAUAGUUAAAAGCAAUUUCGACUACAAACUAAAACAUAUCAAAUACUACUUUAAAGAUAUCAUAAAAGGAGAUAGUGCUCUUAGUGAUAAAAUAAAUAAGGUGUUCAACGAAAACUGGGAAGUUGUCGACGAAGAUCUGAGAGACUCUAUUAAAAAGACUCUGUUGAUUAUUCACAAUGAUCUCUUUGCAAAAGUAUUCACCAGAAUACCCAUACAUCAAUUAUUUUUAGAAUGAUUAAACUAACAACAUGUUUUGUGUAAUAAACAAUACAUUAAGCGAAAGUAGAAUGAUAACAAUUCAUUGUGAAAAACCUUUUUGUAUCUACUUAUAAGGAAUUUGCCCAGUUUAUAUUAUUAUAUUGUAUUAGUAAAACGAAUUAACUGCUUGUUCCCACAUAACAAUGAUGUUCGCAUCAUGUUCAAAGCAUAUACUACCAACAUUCGACGGAGUAUAUUCUUUUUAGAAUAUUCAUAGUACAAGCAUAGCAUGUACCAUAAAAAACAUUCUAAAUUUCAUGUUCUUUGCAUAUACUUCAAAGAAUAUUCUCGUACCGAAUAUACUGAGCACAUUCGUGUACGUAGUAUCUUGGAAUAUUCGUAAAAGUAUAUUCUUGGGAUGUUCUUAACACAUACUUGUAAGUACCUACCUAUGUACCUACUUUUAAAAUAUCUUAAAAAGAAUAUGUAUAUAUAUAUAUAUAUAUAUAUAUAUAUAUAUAUAUAGGAAGAAUAAUGUUAGCCUUACAGAUUAUCAACUUCGUUAUUUUUAGAAUAAUUAAUAAAAUGUAUGUAUGUAGGUAUCCUCGAUGAAUUCAUUUCUUAAAAUUGUUUUUCUACAACCGUGUUAAAAAUGCAAUUUUUAGCACUUCAUACGAGCGUUAAAAAUGCUACUUUAAGGCACUAGUGCUUUAAAAUUUUUAUGGCACUGCAGUUUGUAUUGACCGUAUAGGCAAUUUUGAUGUAAUGUCAAAAAAAUGUAGAAAUGGAAUGUCAGUCAAGUUCAAGUUUUUGUAGAUAUUGUCCUGUAAUUACGUUUGUAGAAAAAAUAUUGUAUGAUAUGCGUGUUAAAAAGUACAUUUUUAAGGCACUCAUGUGAAUUGCAGAACUCGCUUCGCUCAUUCUGCAAGCUUUCACAUGCGUGCCUUAAACGUGUACUUUUAACACUUAUAUCAUAAAUACCUAUUUAAUUGUAUGGUAAAAAAGUUUAAACAUUAUUUUGUAUUAAAUGAGAAAAAAUUUCGUUUUCAUAAAUUUGCCAUAGUAAAAGUUUUUACAUCGUUGGAAUUUAGGUAGUACAUUCAAUUGCUGUUUAUAAAAGGAUAUAUAGUAUUUUUACUACAAAAGCGAUAUUACGUAGGUCAAAAUUUUUGACGUAAGAGAACUGUCAAAACAUUAGAAUGUGACUUUUCAUUAUUGUCAUGUUUAUUAUAAACAUGGCAAUAAUGAAAAGUCACAAUCUAAUGUUUUGACAGUUCUCUUAUGUCAAAAAUUUUGACCUACGUAAUAUCGCUUUUGUAGUAAAAAUACUAUACCACCCACCAUGUUAAUCACCAGAUCGUAAAAGAUUGGAAUAGUGCAAACGGAAAUGACCCUUCUCAUUCUACUUGCAUAAGAAUAGGAACAAAGGUUUUAUGAAAACGCAAACAUUAAACAGCCACAGUGCAGAGGAAUUUUGUAUCUAAUAUAUGCUGUGCUGUGUUAGGAUGAAGACGAACGACAAAAUAUACUAAGAACUAGGACUAGGAACAUACAUAAUCCCUUUAUUUUGUUUGCGGUGCUUGAAAAUAUUAAAUUCAUUUUGGUAACUCAAUAUUACUUAAAUAGUAGGUAAGUACAUAAUAUAUAAAUUUUAGUUAUAGUUUAGUUCAGCUAAAUAUUAUAUAAUAUUUAUAUUUAGGUAUUAUUUACAGCAUGUUUAUUUUGAUAUGCACAUAAUACCUAAAUAUAAUAAUCUAUACCUAUAUAAUAUUUAUAUAACUAAAAUGUAUAAUAUGAACCUACUUACUUUUUAAGUAAUAUUGUAAAAAGUACCUACUAACUACAUUCUCGUAUGCAAUUUGAAUAUGUAAAUAUGAUAGUUGGUAGAACCUAGGAUGAGAUUAGGUGAUGCUGAAAACAUACUUCUGAGCAAUAUAGCUUGGAAUAUUCUUAAAAGUAUAUUCUUCCCUUAUACUAAAAAGAUGUGCGGUAGUAUAUUCUAAGUAUAUAAAUAGAAGGUUUAUAGCACUUCCUUGGAAUAUUCUAAAAAGUAUAUUCUUGGUAUAUACUAAAAAGAAGUGCGGUAGUACAUUCUAAGUAUAUACAUAUAUAGAACGUUUAAGUACUGUAAUGUAGUAUAUACUCAGCAUCUGCUCUGCACAUUCCUAAUGGUAAUUCUCAGCAUAUACUUUUUUUGAAAAGUAUGUUCUAUGAAUCUACUAAGAACAUGAAAUUGUUAUGUGGGUUAUGGUAGGGGAGCCCAAGCAGGGAUCCCUUUUUUGCAGUUACUCGAGCGCGUCAGGUUAUUAGAUGGGUAGAAUCCUUGUACCCUGAAAAUGUACAUCUACCAUAUAUUGGCUCUUAAUGCAGGGAAGUUCGUUAAGGAGGAGGCCGAAAAAAAAAUUAUAUCCUUAGAAAAACUUGAAAUCGUCAGAUUAAGAUAAGGUAAGUUAAGUACACGCAAAACAGUGUUUAUUUAAAAAAUCUGACGAUUUGAGCAGGGCGUAAGGAAAUAGGUGAGUCCCAAAGUUUCACAAGAAAAAAGCGAAUAUUUCGCGAAAUGAAAGACAGAUCGAAAAUCUAAAAAAUACGUACUCAAUAUUUUUCAAAAAUCUAUCGAAUGAUACCAAACACGGCUUCCCACGGAGAGGUGUGGGGAGUAAAUUUAAUAUUUUAAAUACGAAUCCCGCGAUAUUUCGCGAAAUGAAUGAACAUCAGAUCGAAAAACUGAAAAAUACACUUACAUAUUCAAUAUUUUUGAAAAAUCUAUCAAAUGGCACCAAACACGACUCCCCACGGAGGUGGGGUGGGGGGUUACUUGAAAAUCUAAAAUGGGAUUUAUUGGGAUUUGGAUCCCUUACGUAAAAAUAACUAACUUUUAUUCGAGACAUUUGUUCGAAUUAUGGAUAGAUAUAUAAAAUUACGUUACAAUCUAAAAAAACGAUUGUUGGAAAUGGAAAAUUAAAUUAAAAAUGGACAAGUCCCCACUAAAAUGCAAAACUUUACUUAACUUUUUUUAACUUUUCACACCCCAAUAGGUUCCCAAAGCGCUCGAGUGACUGCAUAUUUAGCAUACUUUGCUCCUCUACCAUUAGUUUUUAUUAGAAAUUGUAACAACCGAAAAUAUUUAUUAUAAUAAAAUUCCAAAUGAGU